UCAGAAAACAUGCAAUCUGAGGUUUUCUAUUGACACUGUAUUAUUUGAUAUUUUGUUAUUUUGGUCAUCUUAUUUACAAGAAAGUGUGAAUAAGAAAAAUAUACAAUAAAUAGUAAUGUAAAUGUCUUCUACUCGUAGUACCUAAGUUAGAAUAAGGAAAACGAAACGGUUAUGUGCCAAUCUCAUUGUAAAAUAAUUUAUGAAGAACAAAAUAUAAAGUUACGCAAGAAAUAUACAUAGUUUUAUGGAAAUCGUUUUGGUUAUAAAAAAAAUGUUUAUGUUACCUCCCAAUACAACUAGAACUCGAUGCGUUGACGUUGAAGCAUAAUCGACUUAUUGACUUGACUAAUGUCAAGUACAAGUCACUGUGAGAACGUGAUUACACCGUGUUUUAUUUUGUUUUCCGUAGUUUCGACAUGUUGUUAGGUUCAUUAUCAGGAACCACCCGGUAUAUCACUUUUAGUUAAAUUCGAAAAAAAUUAUUUUUGAUUGUUUUCAUACCUACACAAUAAAUGAAGUAGGUAAUUAAUAAGCCGUCUGCUAGGAGUUGUAUGGGGCUCAGGCUACUGGAGGCGAACCCCAACGUGAAGCGGCUGUACGACGACCUGCUGAGCAACUACAACCGGCUGAUCCGGCCCGUCACCAACGUGUCCGACAUACUCACGGUGCGCCUCGGCCUCAAGUUGUCGCAGCUCAUGGAGGUCAACCUGAAGAACCAAGUCAUGACUACCAAUCUCUGGGUGGAGCAGAAAUGGUUCGACUACAAGCUGCAGUGGAACCCGGACGAGUACGGCGGCGUGGAGAUGCUGUACGUGCCCUCGGAGCACAUCUGGCUGCCCGACAUCGUGCUCUACAAUAACUGGGAUGGCAAUUACGAAGUAACGCUGAUGACCAAAGCCACGAUCAAGUACACUGGGGAAGUGAACUGGAAGCCGCCGGCCAUCUACAAGUCCUCGUGCGAGAUCAACGUCGAGUACUUCCCCUUCGACGAGCAGACCUGCUUCAUGAAGUUCGGCUCCUGGACGUACAGCGGCUUUCAGGUGGACCUGAAGCACAUGGACCAGCCGGCGGGCAGCAGCCUGGUGCACGUGGGCAUCGACCUCAGCGAGUUCUACCUCUCCGUGGAGUGGGACAUUCUAGAAGUACCGGCUACGAGGAACGAGGAGUACUACCCGUGCUGCCCUAACGAACCCUUCUCCGACAUAACCUUCAAACUGACCAUGCGACGAAAGACGCUGUUCUACACCGUCAACCUCAUCAUUCCCUGCGUCGGCCUCACCUUCCUCACUGUACUCGUGUUCUAUCUACCUUCGGACUCUGGCGAGAAGAUCUCACUGUGCAUCUCCAUCCUGGUGUCGCUGACGGUGUUCUUCCUGGGCCUGGCGGAGAUCAUCCCGCCCACCUCGCUGGCCAUCCCUCUGCUCGGGAAGUACCUGCUCUUCACCAUGAUACUCGUUUCCCUCAGUGUCUGGGUCACGGUCUGCAUACUCAACGUGCAUUUCAGGUCCCCAUCAACCCACACCAUGUCGCCGUGGAUGAAGAAGCUGUUCCUGCAGCUGAUGCCGAAGCUGCUGAUGAUGCGGCGCACCAAGUACUCGCUGCCGGAGUACGACGACACCUUCGUCUCCAACGGGUACACCAACGAGCUCGAGAUGAGCCGCGACAGCCUGACUGAUGCCUUCGGUGACAGCAAAAAUGAGGACAACGGCGACUACAGGAAGUCUCCCAACCCUGAAGAUGACAUGAUGGCCGCCGGGGGACAUCAAAGACCUUCAGUAACGGAAUCUGAGAACAUGCUGCCCCGCCACCUGUCGCCGGAGGUGGCCGCCGCGCUGCAGAGCGUGCGCUUCAUCGCGCAGCACAUCAAGGAUGCCGACAAGGACAAUGAGGUGGUGGAAGACUGGAAGUUCAUGUCGAUGGUGCUGGACCGGUUCUUCCUGUGGCUGUUCACGAUCGCGUGCUUCGUGGGCACGUUCGGCAUCAUCUUCCAGUCGCCGUCGCUGUACGACACGCGCGUGCCCGUCGACCAGCAGCUCUCCUCCAUCCCCAUGCGGAAGACCAACUUCUUCUACCCCAAGGGGGUCGAGACUAUUGGCAUUGUCAGUUAAAUUGUACUGGGCAUUCAUGAAAUGUAACCUUCCUUUCUAGGUUAUGUAUUUAUCAUGUCAACUCUAGGACGUCGUCUGAUGAACAUAGGCCUCCCUUUUGGACCUCCAUAUACAGGGUGUACCAAGACUAUGGGACAUGAACGGAAAGUACCUUAAAUAUCGUAGAUAGGGUAUUUUCCUAAAAGAAGACUUUAUUUUAUUUUUAAAACUAAGUAAAACUGCAUUCAUAG